AUGUUCUCUUACCAGUCGUCAGGCUCAUUUCUUGCACAGCCUGGACGUUUCUCCAACGGGAACGAUGACAAUGGUGAGAAGUUGUGCUGGAUUUGCUACUGCUCAGACCUAGAAGACAAGAUACCGCGGAAGUGGAUUCGUCCCUGUCGGUGUUGCGGCUCCAGUAUGUGGGUGCACCAAUCCUGCCUACAGCGCUGGAUCGACGAAAAACAGGCCAACGACCCCGACUUGGCUGUUGCGUGCCGUGUUUGUGGAUAUUAUUAUGUCAUUGAAUACCCCCCUGUCGAUCCACUGAUGGUGAUGCUGAAUGUCUUCGACCACGUGAUGGAUGUCUCCACCACGUACGUCUUCGGUGGUGCCCUGUUCGGCUGUCUCUACUGGUCAGCGGUGACGUACGGCGCGUUGACGGUGAUGCAGGUCUGCGGCCACGACGUCGGUCUGGCGGCGAUGGAGCGCACCGACCCCGUCAUUCUCCUCCUCGGCCUCCCAGCGAUCCCCACGUCCCUCAUUGCCCUGCGUCUGGUGCGCUGGCAGGAUCGCGUGCUACACUUCUGGCGCAGUCACGCCUACCGAUCACCCUUCUUCCAGUCACUUCUUCCCAAAGAUAUUCCCCCAUCCCGGCUAGAGGAGACACGAGAACCAACCAGCCUCGAAUCGAUACCACGGAUCCUGUGCGGCGCUCUCUCCCUCCCCACCUUCUCUGUCUUCUUCGGCCGUCUCUUGUUCAGUCGCAUCCAAUCUCGGAUCGGACAGACUGUCGCUGGUGGCAUUUUCUACGUGGGUUUCACCGGUUUAGUGAGUAUUUACCACAAGGAGAUGAAAUUCCUUCGAAAAUGUCGUCGACGCGUCGUUGAAUACACACCGGAAUGA